AGCACGGGUGACUAAUGCGGCCUUCUUUAUUUUUUCGAAAAUCUCGCAACAACGCAGAAUAAAAUAUUUGAUUAUCGUGCAUCUAUCGUUACAUUAUCAAUUCCAUUAUCAUAUAAUGUAAUAGAUACCGCGAGAGACGCGGUACCAUUUCGUACCGAGCGAUACAAUAACUCCGCGAGAUAUUGUUUCUUCGGAACGUGCAUUGCACAACUCGAAGGAUUUACAUCGUGCCUUUAUUAUGUCUUCAUGCUAAUUGGGUUACCUUAAGACUUUUGUCGCCAGCUCGAAUAAUCAAGCACGCGUAAUAAUUCGCGGAUAGCACGUGCACAGAAAAAUAAUUGGAUGUUUAUUCUACCUGUCCUUCGUCCGAACUAACUUACUAGUAAUAAGCAAACAUUCACAAGUGGGGCGAGUGGGGACAGAUUUGACACGAAUCGCUGAUAAGGAAAGCGCUGAUAAAGUGACAUAUAUAAUCUACGGCGCCAUGAAUGCGUUGUUAUUCCAUCUGAAAUGCAUUAAAAUCCGGGUGUCGUUGGGCUCGUGGAGAUUCGUCGUCUUCCCUGGUAGCAUUAGCGCGUUUCAUCGCUAUCUCUUCCCACGAUAAGAAGAAAUAAAAGAUGGAGCAAUCCCGUGUUAAACGGUGGCCUCAAUAUCUAGCAGCGAUUACGGCUACUCUAUCGCUGGCAGCUACCGGGUCUCACAUAGGCUGGACGUCACCCACUUUACCAACACUGAAAUCCCCCGAUUCCCAUGUCCCGAUAACGUCUGACGACGCUUCCUGGAUCGCUUCUUUCUACCUUUUGGGCACCAUUCCCGGAUGCAUCGUGGCGGCUUUCAUCGUAGACCGACUGGGUCGCAAGACGAGCCUGCUGGUAGGCGGCGUACCUCUAACCAUCUCGUACAUCCUGAUCAUUACUGCGUGGAACCCCUAUGUUCUCUACGCCGCUCGCGGUCUCGGUGGUAUAGGCCAGGGCAUAGUGUACGUCAUCUGCCCGAUGUACAUCGGCGAGAUUGCCGACAAGGAGAUCAGGGGUACCCUCGGCUCCUUCAUCAAGCUGAUGGUGACCUUCGGCGAGCUGUACGCUCACGCGAUCGGCCCGUUUGUCUCCUAUCAUCUGCUCGGUUACACCUGCCUGCUGAUCCCGCUGGUAUUUUUCAUGAGCUUCCCCUGGAUGCCCGAGUCGCCGUAUUACUUACUGAUGAAGAAUCGGCAAGAAAACGCGCUGUCGAGCAUAAAGCGUCUGAAGCGCUGCGUGUCCAAGGAACAGCUGGAGACGGACAUAGAGCAAAUGCAGAAGAUAGUCGUCCGCGAUCUUAGCGAUCGCGGCCGAUUCUGGGAUCUGUUCGGCACGCCCGGCAACCGACGCGCCGUCAUCGUCAGCAUCGGCCUGCAGCUCAUCCUUCAGUUCAGCGGUAUUUGCGCGAUCGAAUCGUACACGCAGGAGAUCCUCGAGGAGGGCGACGCGGGUCUACCCGCCAGUAACUCCGUCAUCCUGUUGAGCAUGCUGCAACUGAUCGCCGGCCUCGGCGCGGUGGUUCUAGUCGACAAACUCGGUAGACGACCGUUGCUCAUCACCACCACUCUUCUAGCUGGAAUCGCGCUGACCAUCGCCGGGCUCUUUUACCUCGUGAAAUUCCAAUUCGGGGUGGACACGACCGGAUACGGCUGGCUGCUGCACUCCUCCGUGAUAUUCUACGAGCUUAUCAUCGCUCUAGGCCUGAAUCCGCUGCCCUACAUGAUGCUGGGCGAGCUGUUCCCGACGAACGUCAAGGGCGCCGCCGUGUCGUUGGCCAAUACGAUUGGCUCCUUGCUGGCCUUCAUCGUCUCCAAGAUGUAUCAAGUCAUGUCCGACAACUGGGGCGUGUACACGGCCUUCGCCUGGUUCGCCAUCAGCUGCUACCUCGGCGUAGUCUUCAUCGUGCUAAUGGUUCCCGAGACCAAGGGCAAGUCACUGCUGGAAAUUCAGGAGGAGCUUAACUGUAAGAACAACGAGAAGAAGAAGGAAAGCUGCGCGAAAGGCGAAAAGCAGAUGCAAGACAGAUACCGAAUAAGUACGAUUGCUUAAGGUCGAUAGGCGCGAUGCUUACCGAAGAAUUCACGCACCAUCAUUUUUUAAACGGUAGAAAUAAGCGACGCGCAUUUCCCGAAUUAUGGGACGUUCAACAGGGAAUGUCGAGGAGGCUGAUCGCGCCCUCCCGGUUACGUUCGAAUCGAUCGUAAAAGAACGGGAGAUAUUCCCAACGAUCAUCGGUAAGAUCGAUUGCAAUAUUUGGGCACAUAUUAUUGGAUUGUCGCUUCGAUAAGAUAUGAAUGAAAUUAAUAUUGCUGUUUGCAAAAUUUACAUGCCAGCGAACCAUUGCUGUUUGCAAAUCACUCGAAAGAACCGAAGAGCAUUCCCUGUCAUAGGUCAACGGACUUGCGGAGUUUGUCGUACAAAAA